AUGAAGUGUUGCGUUAUUGGAUGUAAAAGUUAUACAGAUGAUCGAAAUAAUGUUGACGGAAACAAAGUAUCGUUUCACUCAUUUCCCUCUGAUGUUAUUUUAAGAAACCAAUGGGUUCAUUCUAUCAAUCGCGAAGGGUGGACACCAUCUAAGUACAGCAAAAUAUGUUCUCUUCACUUCGAUAAAGAAGACAUCAUAAAAACAAACAAAGGCUACAAAAAAAUACGAGAAGGUGCUUACCCAAAAGUUCCAGAAAAGAUUUCUAACCAAAAUCAAAUACCUGGACCAUCCAACAAGCAAGAUUUGAAUGAAUUUUUAGUGCUUAAAGAUACGCCCAGAAAAAUACUCUUAAAAGAAGAAAUGUCGCGAUUAAAAAUAAUUGACAAAAAUAGAUUAAUUAAAUUACGGCGACUGAGACAAAAUCUUCGGCGUUUGAAGAAAAAGGUGAUGACAAUGGAAUCGUUGAUCACCGAAUUAAAACAAAAGAACUUAUUAAAAGAGGAAGAUGCGGAUAUACUAAAAUCAAUGAAUGUCAAAGUGAGGGAAAUUGUUACACGCCAAAACGAAAGCAAGACCUUGGUAAACACCAACAGAAAAACAGGUUUUAUUGGUUUCAUAAGUUGUAUUGACAGUACCAUGUAUCUUUACUCCCGUUUAGUAGAAAUUGAAAAAAAAUUGUCAUACCUAACAACUCACAAAUUGUCCCAAGAUCAUUUAGAACUGUUUUUCGGAGUCAUAAGAGCACACGGACGAGCUAAUAACAAUCCAACAGCCCGCCAGUUCAAAUCGGCAUAUAAAAAAAAUCUGGUGCAAUCGGAGUUAAAGGACUCUUUCAGCGGAAAUUGCAUUCCUUUGGAUGACUUACACAUCCUAAAUAUGACUUCCAUAGAAAAAAUUAAUAUAACUGCUGACAGAUGUCGAAUGCCAGAAGAAGGAAUGAAUUUAGAGGAGCCUAUUCCUGAAGAUAUAUUAAUAGAAUUUGAUGAAAUGUUGAACAACACAUGUCAAAACAUGUUGCGUCGACAAGUAAUCAGUUACAUCAGUGGAUAUGUUGUCAGGUACAUCACGAAAAAGUUGAAAUGUGAAACGUGUCUCAAUUCGCUCUACACGUGUGAUUACACAGAGGAUCAUCUUUUAAUUAAAACGAAAAAUAAAGGGGGCCUAAUUUUUCCAUCAUAUGACGUGAUUAACAUUUGUAUUCGGACGGAAUGCAGUAUAAGAACAUUGAAUGCACAUGAGACAGUGAGGAAUAAACACAAAGUUGUAUCUCAUGCUAUGAAAACACUGAUCGGAGAGAACUGUUUCUCAUCACUAGACAACCAUAUGAAAGAACAACCACCUUUAUAUAACCACAUCACGCAACUUUGUAAAGGAAUUUGCGAAAAAUAUGUAGAUAUCCGUUUCAGGCAUGUUGCAACUUCGAAAAAUAGUAGGAUCACAAAACGCCAACAUUUUAACAAGACGGUUCUAUUCACAGAAGAU